UAAACUGUUUCUUUCUCUUUGUUUAGCCAAAAACGUAAAACAAAUUUAAAUGCCGUCAAUCUUCAGAUUAAUUAUUCUUCACACUUUAAACCGUUUUUCAAUUCAAUUUUUCCUUUAUUUAUUUGCAAAUUUCCACCUUUAUUUUCUCUCUCCUCUUCACUCUACUUCACUCCACUCUCACUUUCCACCAUGGUAAGCUGUUCAUAAACCCUGCUAAUACUCCCAAAAAAAUUCAAAAUUCCAUAAACCCUAGAAUCAAAAUCCCCAAAUUUAUUAGUUUCUAAUCAACCCUUAAUCAUGGAUUUCAAAUUCCGUUCAAUGGAGGAAAGAUCUUCAAGUUACUUCUCUUCUUCCCCAAAUUUUUCCACCCAGAAUGUCAGCAAUAUUUCUUACUUUACUCGUCAAGCAAUUCGAGCGGGGUUUACUAGUCCAGACCCAAUUCGCCGGGAAUAUAGUCGAAACCCUAACCCUAACCCUAAUGAAAUGCGGGAAUCUAUUCAGAGGGAGUUGGAGAAGGAGAGAAUUAGAGCAGAAAUUAUUGCGGAGGAGGUUUAUAGGAGGAGGAUUUUGGAGGAUGAAGUGAGGAGAGAGUUGAUGUAUGAGAGAGAAUUGGCGUUGAGGCGAGGUGAGGGGGAAUUUGGGUUUAGAUCAUCGUCAAUGCGGUUUGAAACUAGGGUUCCUUUGUUGACGAAUUUUGAGCAUCGAAUCGGGGUUUCGCCUCACCGGGAAGUCGGGUUUCAAGGGUCUAAUACGCUGCCGUUUCAGAGGGAUCCUGUUAUUGCUGGGAAUGUGGAUGGAAAUGGGGUUUCUGUUGGUGUGAGAUUGAAGGAGAUUAAGGAAAUCAAGGGUUCUGCUUCAGAGAUCAAUAAUAAGGAUAAAAUUAUCUUUUUGGCUAAGCCCAAUACAACUGAGUUGAAGCGUAAAGCGACAACACCACCAAUUGGAGCUACUGUGGACACAUGUGACGUGUCAAAGAAGCCAAAAAGCAAAGAUGAGUGGAGUUGUGCUCUCUGUCGUGUUACUGCUACAAGCAAGCGGGCAUUGGAUGAUCAUCUGCAAGGGAAAAAACACAAGUCUCGAGAGAGUGGAUUAUGCUCUCAGAGAACAGGCUUUGGUACUAGCCCAUUACCAAAAAUGGGUAGUGCUAGUGCAGGCAAGCCUGUCAAAGUACCUGGCGCAACUGAAAGCCCAAGCUUUCAGUUGGAAAAAGUUGAAAAUGCACCAGCAGUAUCAGAAACUGACAAUAAGUUUACCCUCUUGCAGGGAAAGGAGACUUGUAUAGAGAAAAAGAAAAAUAAGAAAGCAGCUACACCUCAAAAAUCACCUGCAUGUGCUGAGUCGAAUAAAAAGUUCAAAUUUUUUUGCGAACCAUGUCAGGUUGGAGCUUACUCUAUGAAAGUGAUGAAUGCCCAUAAGAAGGGCAAACGUCAUUUGUCAAAAGUUGCGAAUAUCAAUAAAGCUGAGGAUGCUGCUUCAGUUAAAAAGCCUGCACCAAAAGGUGCAGCUGAGGAAAAUAAAGAUAAUAAUAAGGAAGUAGAUGUGGCUGGUUCUGUGGAGAAUGUUAUGGUUGAAGUUAAGGAGGAGUUAGAUAUUGCUGCUGUGAAAGAGAUAAAUAAUGAAAUUGAGGGAGAACUUGUUGAAAGCUGCAAAGAAAAUGUUGAUUGUGAUGUGGAUGAAAAGAAGGAACUGGACAUUGCUGCUGUGGAAGAAUUGAAAUUUGAAGUAGAGGAAGAGCAAGUAGAAAGCAGCAACGAAAACAUCAGUUGUAAUGGGGCUGGAGUUGAUCAAGGCAAGCAUAAGGUGCUUGAAGUUGUUUAUUGGUGAUUUAGUGUUUGCUGUAAAGGAUGAAAAUAACUAGGUAUUUGUCAGUAUUGACUUUUAACCCGGUUGCUGAACAACCGUCGUGUAAACUAAUUGACUGUGAAGAGGCAAGAGAUAUACAGUAAUGAUCUGCUGAAAUCUCUGCACUAUAAGCUCCAAUGUAGUCUGCCUGGUGAUUUGUUUUCCAGUAUCAUGUUAUAGUGACUUCCUAAAUAGAGGUCCACUUAGAUUGUCCGUUGCUCGUUAUGAGUAUUUGAUGGAACCUCCAUCCUCCUGUGAAUAAAUUAUUCUGUCUUGCAAUUUGUUUUCGUAUAAUUUUACUCUGAUCA